UCGAUGUUUCAAAAAAUGUUUAAACAUCGAUACAUUGAUGUUUCCAUCGAUGUUGUUCCACCUCUAGAAAACAAGUUAAAUACACUUUAUAACAUGGAUCCAGCCGUCCUAAUACUCUCUUAUGGGGCCAUGACUCCUUUGGAAAUAGCCGAGGGCAUUUUAUCAGAAAUGGAUCAACCGAAGGAACCGACUUUAUCAGAGUGUUCACUGAAUUGUUACAAAUGCACAAUUAAAAAUAAGUACUACAAUACCACAAUAAAUCUUGUUCCUGCCGCUGGCAAAUUGGAAAACGUUCCGGAGGACAUUCUUAAAGCGACUGAAGCCCUUAUCAUUUACUUUGUUCCAACCGAGACCUCCUUUAUCGACUCCAUUUCAAAAACUUUAUCCGAAAACCAUCAAAUCCAGCUUGGUUUUCUGUUAACGUCCUCGAAUCUAUCGGAAUCCAGCGGAGUGUCUAUCUCGGACUUGAAGGAGAGUACGAACUUCUUUUUUGACGUGAUAACCUUGAAGGACGAUGAUGAAAGUGAUCCAGAUGACUCGGAAAACGGAUACGAAGAAGUGGUGGAAGGCCUUCAAAAUACAGUUUGGUCGAACGUUAAUUAUGGAUCCAAAGAUUCCAAACCAGAAAUGAGUACGGACGAGCUGGAUAGCCAAUUGAGGGACUUUGAAAACCUGCUCCUGACUGCUCAGAGUCUUCGAAAUGAUACUAGCCUAAGUCGAGAACAGUUUCUCGAUCGGGCCGAGCAGUUCGCUGGAAUAGUUUCGUCCAUUUUAAACGACAAUGAUAGUGACUAGCCAUAUCUACCCGAGCAGCCCCCUAUGUUAUACUUGUUUGUUGCUUGUAAUAUAGCAUAAAGCAAAGCCUCUCAAUCAAAUAUUUUCCAUAAAUAUAUGUGUAGUACGAUUAAAUUAUAUAAAAUUCUGUUAAAUAUAUUUGGUUUAUUAUUAAAAGCGGUACAUAAUUUUGACAAAAUAACAAUGUAUAAAACGUUGUUCAUUUGCUAAUGUAAUGCUUGCGAGCUUAUGUAUAUUAAGGAAUGAAUAAAUAAAUUGUUUUUGUUGUUAACUUUCAAUUAUAAACAUAAA